UUCCUCCCCCCCCUCUGUUCCCUCCUUAAGCAAGCACAGGUGACACGUCCACCUGUUCACUUUUCCAGGUCCUGACCUGCUGCAGGCCUGCAGCUCACCUGCAAGAGACACACCUCUCCCUCCUUUAACCUCUGCUCCAUUUCUUUUUUUUCUCUUUGACAGAAAGGCUGCGGUGUGCCUUGCAGUCGGCUGCUUGUUUGGCCGGAAGCUCUCUUUCUCUCUCUCUCCUGCAAUGGCUGGGAGCUUUGAUGGGAGAACGCCAACUAGAGGCGUUGAGCAGGCCAUUGUUGCUUUGAAGAAGGGCGCACAUCUCCUGAAAUGUGGCAAGAGAGGGAAGCCCAAAUUCUGCGCUUUCAGGCUAUCUUCUGAUGAGAAAACAUUAAUAUGGUACUCGAAAGGGAAGGAAAAACACCUGAGCUUAAACUCUGUGUCAACUGUGGUUCUUGGACAGAAGACUAUAAACUUUCUGCGUCAGCGUUGGCCAGAGAAGGAAUCUCAAUCCCUGUCACUUAUAUACAAAGACAGAGAGUGCUCACUUGACUUGAUCUGCAGCGACAGAGAUCAAGCUGAAUACUGGUAUCUUGGUUUGAGGGCCUUAAUAUCAGCUCCUUGUAGUCCAUGUUCAUCGAUUGGUUCAAGGAGCAGCAGACAUAUCAGCAGUUGCUCAAAUACUCCCCACAGCUAUGUUCAGCGGAAGAGUAGGCUACCUACUGCGCAUGGCACACCAAGGCACAUACAGGUACAUCCUUCACAUCGGAGUCCUAAGAAGACACAGGAAAUCUUUUUUCAUGGUAAUGCCAAAUGUUCAGAAGCAUAUGUUUGCCCAAGACAGCGAACAUUCUCUGACAUAGAUACCUACCUGGAAAAGCUUACACACAAGAUGUCAAAUCCAGAAAGACAUGGUUUGAAGGAUAUUGUGGUUGCUAACAAACAAAAGUUACAGAAAAUUACUCAAACACCUAAACUGAAAACCUUUGAAGGACCCCGUGCAGCAUGCAGAUUAGAUUCUUUGAAGGAUGUUUUUUUAUGGGGUGAUGUUCUUGGAAGUAUGUUAGAUUGUGAUGAUAUCUCAAAAGCCCUUCCAAGGUUAGUGGAUUCAUCCAAUAUGCUUGAUGUACAAAGCAUUGCUUGCGGGGAAAAUCAUGUGGCAAUAAUCACUAAGCAAGGGGAAGUCUACUCCUGGGCUAAUGAGGGCAGUGGCAGAAUAGGUCGUCAAGUAAAUAUCAGUGUCUCCCAACCCAAAAUUGUCGAGUCUCUUGCCUCCUUACAUGUGAAGGCUGUCGCAUAUGGAUCAAAGCACACUUGUGCGGUAACGGUUUCUGGUGAACUUUUAGAAUGGGGUGAAGGAGUUCAUAUUGGUUUGUUGAAUGACUGCUACGCAAGGAACCAAUGGUUUCCACAUAAAUUGUCCAGUCCAAUGGAUGGCUUAUCUGUUGCGAAGAUUGCUUGUGGUCCAUGGCACACUGCUCUCAUAACAUCAUCCGGUCUGCUAUACACAUAUGGGGAUGGAACAUUUGGUGUUCUUGGUCAUGGAGAUACACAAGGAACUGCUCGGCCAAAAGAAGUAGAGUCUUUGAAAGGCUCAAGAGUAAAAUGUGUGGCAUGUGGGCCAUGGCACACAGCUGCCAUUGUGGAAGUAAUCAGCAGUUCCAAGAGCAACACUCCAAGCAGCAGUGUGUUCACAUGGGGUGAUGCAGAUCGAGGGAAGCUGGGUCAUGCUGACAAAAAGAUGAAGCUUGUACCGACACGCAUUGAUUCACUUGUUGGCUAUGAUUUUAGUCAGGUGUCCUGCGGGAUGGCACUCACUGUUGUGCUUACUGUUACUGGUAUGGUCUUUACUAUUGGCAGUUCCAUGCAUGGGCAAUUAGGGAAUCCCCAAGCAGAUGGUAAAUCUAUUUGUACUGUUGAAGGAUUACUUAAGACCGAAUUUGUCAGACAGAUAUCAUCUGGUUCUUCCCACGUAGCCGUGCUGACUGCAAAUGGGAAAGUGUUUACAUGGGGUAAAGGCAAGGAAGGUCAACUUGGUUUAGGUGACUACCUUAAUAGGAGCUCUCCAACUUUAGUUGAGGCAUUGGAAGGUAGGCAUGUGGAAAGCAUAUAUUGUGGUUACAAUUACACUGCCGCAAUCUGUUUGCAUAAGGCAAUCUCAAGAAAGGACCUCUCUGUAUGCAGCGGUUGCAAGAUGGCUUUUGGUUUUACUAGAAAGAAGCACAACUGUUACCACUGUGGUUCCAUGUUCUGCAGUUCCUGCAGUAGUAACAAGGUUGCCAAGGCAGCGCUUGCCCCAGACAAGAGUAGAAGGUAUCGUGUAUGUGACGUGUGUUUUGGUCAGCUACAGGAAGUUAUGGAUUCUGGUAAGGUAAAGUCGGGACAAAAGACCAGCAAAGGGGAUAUGUUUAAAACAGAAAUUAUAAGGGCAUACACACCUAAGUUGUCGCGUAUAUUCAAGGAUGCAAAUUUACCUGUAGAAAAGAUGGCUUUAGUACAAGGUCCCUGUCAGAGGAAUAAGGACCCUGCCACUCCAAUUCAAGUAAAAUCUCGGAGAUGGGGGCAAGUUGAGUGCCCUGUUCAAUUUGUAUCUGCACAAGACAGUUUUCGAAAUCAACCUAUAUCAAAGAACCAUAUGUGUGGUAGCUCUGUUUCCCAGAAAAUGCAUGGCCCCGUAGUGCUGAAGUCUGGCAACCCUUUGCAACAGCCUACUGAUGGUCAGAGGAAAGAAUUGAACAGCACUGAAACCUUACUCAUAGAAGAAGUAAAGCAGCUUCAUUCACAGAUAUCCCUUCUUAUGGAGCAGUGCCAGCAAAAAAGUCUUCAGGUUCAACUGUACAAACAAAAACUUGAUGAGACAUGGCUAAUUGUUAGGGAUGAGGCUGCAAAGUGCAAAGCUGCCAAAGAUGUCAUAAAGGUUCUAACCGAUCAGUGUAAUGCCUUGUCAGAGGAACUUUCUGUUAGUCUGCAACUAGAGAACUCCAAGGUCACACCUGAUUGGAGGCGAGUUCCACCAGUGACAGCGGAGUUGCUACAUUAUCCCAGCAAUAAACUUACCCCAGGCAAUUCCAGUCAACUCAGCAACAUCCGAAACCACCAGAGUAGCAGCCAAGGAGAUGAGGAAUUUACGCCAUCAACAAAUUCUGACGAGCCAGUAGAUGGAUCAUGCGGUCAUCAGAAUGGUUCAAGAACAUUUAACAGUAAUGGUUAUAUGACAGAAGCUGAUGCACCUGCUGGUCCAGUCACGCCCAAUGGUGUGGUUGAGCAAAUCGAGCGUGGAAUAUAUGUCACAUUUGCUGUAUCAUCCAGCGGAAGGAAAGACAUAAGACGCGUAAGAUUCAGUCGGAAGCAUUUUGGCGAGAAGGAAGCUCAGCACUGGUGGGAAGAGAACAAGAGCAGGGUGUAUGCAAAGUACAGCACUGAACAAAUACAACAUCAGUUAGCGGUGACGAUCAAGAGUGUACAAGAGUAAUCACCACUACCACAGAUCGGAAUGUCAACUGUUCAGCACGGCGGCACAUCGCAUGGAACAAUCAGUGAUGUGAGCAGACAAGAUAACUGAUUAGCAUUUUCUUAUUUAUGACGGGCAGUUCGACUUUAGGUAUGGAUGUACAGGUAGCUCUGAGGCAGAUGAGGGAUGGAUCUCUCUUCCCCUUUCCUGUUCCUGAUUCGAGUGCCGUUGAUCAGUCCUGAUGAAGAAAGCGGUGAUGAACUGCUGAUAUGAAUCAGGAAUUCAGGAUCAGUUGUAAAUUCCUUGUGGAAAGUAGAAUUUGCCCGGUAUUAGUUGCGUCUCUUGUGCCUAACACCCCUUGAACGGGAUCAAAUGUGACGCCCGCGGAGAGCGCGCCAACCGUCUCCAGGAUCCCCACCUCCCGCC